AUGGCGACACAGAUCCUUCCGCUUGAGCUAAUCGACAAGUGCAUCGGCUCGAGGUUAUGGGUCGUGCUCAAGUCUGAGAGAGAGAUCGUAGGCACACUGUUGGGAUUCGAUGACUUUGUCAAUAUGGUCCUCGACGACGUCACCGAAUAUGAAAACACAGCGCAGGGUCGCAAAGCAACGAAGCUAGGGCAGACCCUGCUCAACGGUAACAACAUUGCAAUGCUAAUACCGGGCGGCGCGGGCCCCGUCUAG